UGUUGGGUACUUUUUUUUGAGCUGACUAAGGGUUGCAGGGGUUUGGUGCAAUGACCCAUUAUGAUAUAAUCAAUGUUCAGCCUGACUAAUGUUUAUUAGCUUAAAUAUUUUUUUAAAGAUUUCACAUAUUUUCCUGUAUUUACUUUUAGGAAUAUUUAUUAUUAUCGUUGUUUGAGAUUAUUUUGUUAUUUAUCAUUUUAUGUAUUUUUAUUAUUUUAUUAUGUUUUUGCAGAAGAGAGCUGGCUAAGGAAGUUGUUGAACUUUUGACCACUGCUGCAGAUGGUGCUAAAUCUUUGAUUGAUGCUAGUGAUAGGCUGAUAUUAUAUGUUGAAUUAGCUCGAUUAUAUGGUACUCUUGGUUAUGAGCGUAAGGCGGCAUUCUUUUCAAGGCAGGUAGCUCAGUUAUAUUUGCAACAAGAAAAUAAGUUGGCUGCUAUUAGUGCUAUGAAUGUUUUGGCAUUGACAACAAAAGCAUAUCGUGUUCAGAGUACAGCAUCUGUUUCUAGAUCUUCUGUUGUAAAAGAGGCUGGAUCAGGUCAUGCUAAUAGCACAAAAAUGCUGCACCAGGCCGUAAUCUCUCUUUUUGAGUCUCAAUGGAGCACCCUGCAAAUGGUUGUACUGAGAGAGAUUCUGCUAUCUGCUGUCCGUGCUGGAGAUCCUCUUGCUGCCUGGAGUGCAGCUGCACGGCUGCUUAGGUCAUAUUAUCCUUUAAUUACACCUGUAGGGAAAAAUGGUCUUGCUAGUGCACUUUCAAAUUCAGCUGAUAGGCUGCCUUCUGGAACACGCUCUACUAAUCCUGCUCUACCUUUCAUUAAGGAGGCUAUUCUACUUUUACGAGCAAAUAACACGAUAUUUUUUAGUGAUGUAUGCGCACAGAAUGCAUAA